ACCUUAUUAAGGUUUGGAAACCAACUUCACGGAAUCGAGUUUAAAUCUGGCAACAGUGCUAGUUCGACACUGCUCUUUUGAUCAUCGGCAGUGGGAAGUUCAAAGAUCUACAAAGAUGAUUGGAAGAUUCGGAGCUAUGGCCCCAUUGGUGGCUCAAAAUUUGCAACAAUCCCAACAACAGCGUGGAAUGGCCACCCUGAAGCACAUCUCCAUGCGAUUGAAGUCUGUCAAGAAUAUCCAGAAGAUCACCCAAUCCAUGAAGAUGGUGUCAGCUGCCAAAUACACUCGCGCUGAACGUGACUUGAAACAGGCCAGGCCCAUUGGUGAGGGAUCCAAGCUCUUCUAUGAGAAGGCUGAAAUUGAAUCACCAGUUGAGAAGCCAAAGAAGCUCAUCAUUGCUGUCACCUCUGACAGAGGUCUGUGUGGUGCUGUGCACACCAGCAUUGUCCGUCAAAUUCGUGGUGAAUUGAGCAAUGAUGCAGAUAACAUCAAAGUUGUCUGUGUUGGCGACAAGUCUCGUGCCAUCUUGCAACGUCUUUACAGCAAGAACAUCAUCCUGGUAGCUAAUGAAGUGGGUCGUUUGCCACCUACUUUCAAUGACGCUUCCAAGUUGACCGCUGCCAUCCUCAACUGUGGCUACGAAUUUACCAGCGGCAAGAUCGUCUACAAUCGCUUCAAGUCUGUAGUGUCUUAUUCCACCCAAGAAAUGCCACUGUUCAGUCUUGAAUCAGUUCAGGCUGCGCCAAAAUUGUCUGUGUACGAUUCUUUGGACGCUGAUGUCAUCCAGAGCUACUUGGAGUUCUCUUUGGCUUCGUUGCUGUUCUACGCCAUGAAGGAAGGUGCUUGCAGCGAACAAUCCUCUCGUAUGACUGCCAUGGACAACGCUAGCAAGAACGCCGAAGAAAUGAUCGGCAAACUCACUCUCACAUUCAAUCGUACCCGUCAAGCUGUAAUCACCAGAGAAUUGAUUGAAAUCAUCUCCGGUGCUUCCGCUCUUUAAAUACAUUUAAAAAAUAAGGAAUGGUCUUCGUUGCGAGUGAUUGUAGAAUUAAUUCAUUGAUUUGUUGCGCCCGCAGCGGGACCACACAACAUCAGUACCUAUUGCUGCACGAUAUGUAAAAGUUGUUCAGGAAUGAAGCAAAACCUAAGCCUAAAAUCACUGGAUGUCAUCAAUAAUUGUUCUUUUUCUCUGAUUGCCUGUUACAUAUUGUGUUUCUAUGGUGUUCUUAUUAUAAUAAUAAUAAUAAUGUGGUAAUAAAACGAAAUUAAGUUUAA